ACAAGAUGAAAGAAGAGCUGAUAAUCCGAGAGCCCAGUUCGAUGUUCAUCAUGAGAGAGCAGGUGGAUGUGAUUCAUGCUGGAGAACAGCAGAUGCUGCAGACACCAGUGAAGAUUGAAGUAAUACAAGUGGAGAUAAAAGAAGAAAACACAACAGAGGAACAACAGAGAGAUGAUGAUGAAACAUCAACAGAGAAAGAACAGAGUCAUGAAGAUGAUGAAGAACAGCAGAUGCUGCAGACACCAGUGAAGAUUGAAGUGAAGCAGGAGAUAAAAGAAGAAAACACAGCAGAGGAUCAACAGAGUGAUGAAGAUGAUGAUGAACAGCAGAUGCGCCAGACACCUGUGAAGAUGUGUUCAGUGAAGUUGCUGGACUGCAGGAACCUGAUGAAGAUGAGAGGAGAAACCACAGCAGUGGAACAACAGAGUGAUGAAGAUGAUGAUGAGACAUCAACAGAGAAAGAACAGAGUGAUGAAGAUGAUUACAUUCCUUCAGAGCUGAUGGAAGAGCAAGAGGAACGUCAAGAACUGAAUGAAGUGGAGGAGAAACAUCAUGAUUUUAUAACUGGAGAAAAAUCUUUGAGUGGCUCAAAGACUGAAAAGAAUUUCUCACCAAAAAAGCCUAAAAGAAGAGCAGCCAAAAAUACUUUCUCCUGCUCUCAGUGUGGAAAGAGUUUCAUAUGUAAGAGCCAGCUUAAUUUACACAUGAGCGUUCACAAUGGAGAGAGACCUUACACAUGCAAUCAGUGUGGAAAGAGUUUCGCAAAUGCAGAUUAUCUCAAGAAACAUCUCCGCCGUCACUCUGGACAAAGACCAUUUGAAUGUGAUCAGUGCGGUAAAAGAUUUGUUGUGAAUUCAGGCCUAAAAGAGCAUCUGAAAACUCACACAAAUAAGAAGCCUUACAAGUGUUCUUCUUGUGGAAAGAGUUUUGCACACCUGUACUAUUUUAAACAGCACCAGAAAAUACAUACCAGUCAAGGGGAUCAUAAGUGUUUUGAAUGUGGAAAGACCUUUAUUACAGCCGGCAACUUGAAUCAGCACCAAAUAAUUCAUACUGGAGAAAAACCAUACAAGUGCUCACACUGUGAAAGGAGUUUCACUCGGUCAGAACACCUGAAAACACACGAGAGAAUCCAUACCGGAGAAAAACCAUACAAGUGCUCACACUGUGAAAAGAGUUUCACUCGGUCAGAAUACCUGAAAACACACGAGAGAAUUCAUACCGGAGAGAAACCUUACAAGUGCUCACACUGUGGAAAGAGUUUCACACGGUCAGAAAACCUAAAAAUACAUGAGAGAAUUCAUACUGGAGAGAAACCUUACAAAUGCUCACACUGUGAAAAGAGUUUCACUCAGUCAGAACAUCUGAAAACACACGAGAGAACUCAUACUGGAGAGAAACCAUACAAGUGCUCACAAUGUGAAAAGAGUUUCACUCGGUCAGAACACCUAAAAACACAUGAGAGAAUCCAUACUGGAUACAACACCUUAAACCCCAAUCCUAAGAUCAUGAGAGAGCAGGUGGAUGUGAUCUGCUGUAAAUCAGUAGGAACUGAUCUGUCCAUGCUGGAUAUUGAUGAUUUCAUCACAGAAAUCUCUCAGCUGAAGAAAGAGGUGACGUCACUGAAGACAAAACUGAAGGAGAGAGAACUGUAUUCAUCCUGCACCUGUUUUGAGCGAGUUAAAGUUGAGAUUGAGCUGGAAAAGGUUUCCUGUCAAUCUUCAGUGUGUGUGACUGAUGGGACCUCCACAGAAUGUCAGGAUUCAGUGUGGAGCGGCAGAGAUCAGUCCACACCACAGCAGCUGCUGGACAAACUCUCUGAACAGAGAUCCAGAGACACACAGGACUCACAGCUCACUUUACUCUGUUCUACUGAUGCUCAGGAGAGUGUGUGUGACAGUAAUCAGGGUGAUCAAACCUCCACAGAGUCUCUGACUUCUGUCUGUAACGCUGGAGAACAGCAGAUGCUGCAGACACCAGUGAAGAUUGAAGUGAAGGAGGUGGAGAUAAAAGAAGAAAACACAGCAGAAGAAGAACUGAGUGAUGAAGAUGAUGAUGAACAGAAGAUGCUGCAGACACCAGUGCAGAUUGAAGUGAAGCAGGAGAUAAAAGAAGAAAACGCAACAGAAGAACAACAGACUGAUGAUGAUGAGGCAUCAACAGAGAACGAACAGAGUGAUGAAGAUGAUGAGGAUUUUGUUCCUUCAGAGCUGAUGGAAGAGCAAGAGGAACAUCAAGAACUGGAUGAAGUGGAGAAACAUCAGUAUCAGGAACAUGAUUUUAUAAUUGGAGAAAAGUCUUUGAGUUGCUCAAAGACAGAAAAUAAUUUCUCACCAAAAAACCCUCAAAGAAGAGUAACCAGAAAUACCUUCUCCUGCUCUCAGUGUGGAAAGUGUUUCACAUUUAAAAGCAAGCUCAAUGCACAUAUGAGAGUUCAUACUAGAGAGAAGCCCUUCACAUGCCAUCAGUGUGGGAAAAGUUUUGCAUAUGCACCCAGUCUCAAGAGUCAUCUCUUUUGUCACUCUGGAGAAAAGUCAUUUGAAUGUGAUAAGUGUGGUAAAACAUUUGCUGUGAAUUCAGGCCUAAAAAAACAUCUGAAAACUCACGCGAAUGAGAAGCCUUACAAGUGUUCUUCUUGUGGAAAGAGUUUUGCACGCCUGUUCUAUUUUAAAGAGCACCAGAAAAUUCAUACCGGUGUGACGGCCCAUAUGUGCUUUGAAUGUGGAAAGACAUUUACUACAGCCAGCAACUUGAAACUGCACCAAAGAAUUCAUACGGGAGUGAAACCAUACAAGUGUUCACAAUGUGGAAAGAGAUUCAUUCAGUCAGAACACCUGAAAAAACACGAGAGAAUUCAUACUGGAGAGAAACCUUACAAGUGCACACUCUGUGGAAAGAGUUUCACUCAGUCAGUAAACCUGAAAACACAUGAGAGAAUUCAUACUGGAGAGAAACUUUACAAGUGCUCACACUGUGAAAAGAGAUUCACUCGGUCACAAAACCUGAUAAUACAUGAGAGAAUUCAUACUGGAUAGUCUAAUGGGCUAGUUGCGCAAGAUGGCGCCUGUGAGCUUUCACCACACGACUAUGUGCAUGUUUAUGUCUGGUUGUAUGAGUGCUCAUUGAAACUGAGUGAGAACACACGGUGUGAUUGCGGUGUUGCUUUGAGAAUAAACUUCCAAAGGAGACCUGGUUGAGACCACCAUGAGCAUGUUUACAAGAAAGAAAUGAUAGUGGUUUAUCAGUGAUGGUAGAUAACAUUCACUUUACAUUGUUGUGUGCCUCAACCAGCAGCGACGAGCUGACCAAUGAUAUGAAGUAAAUAGUGUUAAAAUUGUGGGUAACACUUUACAAUAAGGUUCUGUAUGUCAACAAUAAUUUAUCAGGGCUCAACGCAAAGGAUUUGUUCAACUGGCAUGCUUCAGAUAUUAUUUUUUGCAUAUGUUAUGUUUUUAAGACAAUGUCCCCUCCAAACUGAAUCACAUUUAUAAUUUGCAAGAUAUGAUUUAUGCUUUAUGUGAUCACAUUUAAGCAUUAAUUUGAUGUGUAAUAUGCAGUAUGUAGAUAUUUGGCCUAAUGAAAUCGGUCAACCUUAAAGACCAACACUGCCUGAUGGACAAAGCACAAAAAUGUCUCAGUUACUGUCAUAACCUCCGUACCCCGAUAGAAGAAACUAGAUGUUUUGUUGAUGUAGUGACACUAGGGGUCUCUCUUGGGAGCCCGUUUGCAUGCCACUUCCCCCGACAUAUGAGUAUAAAAAGGAGCCCAGUAUGCGGAUUCAUUCAGGUUUUGCACUGAGGAGCUGAGACAAGCAAUGCCAUUCAGCCUGUGGCAAGAGGGACACAACGUCUUGUUCCCUCCAUCAGGGAACGGAGGUUACGACAGUAACCGAGACGUUCCUCAUCUGUCACUCACUCGACAUUGUGUCGAUGUAGUGAUACUAGGGGUCAAUAUACAAAAUUCCACAAAGGCUGACCGGUCACGUGAACUGCCGAUGCAGGUUUAGGCAAGCUACUAUGAGCGUAAGAACAGAUGCAUUUGGGCUGCACAGAUGCCCCAAAACGUUGUGUGAUCUCCCCAUAAGCCCGAGGGAGGGAUGCAUUCAGUUUGGAGGGGAGCAGGCCGCGCCAGCUGCUGGGGCCUUAAAAUGCUCAUAAUAUGUGCCAGGGAAGGCAUUCUUUUCCGUUCCUAUUCUUUUGGGGGGAAACCCAGCGGAGCCACACCCUGCCCUCAAGGGGAGGGUAAGAAAGUGGUGAAUAUGUCAUAUGGGCCCACAGGGGCCACACAUGGAAGAGGUGCAGUGGUACAGCAACCGGGCAGAUGAGGCUCUGCCAAGGGAGAUGCUGGACUGACGAAAAAGAGAAGGGAGACCGUAUCGCGGAAAAUACACACAGGAGGUCACUAGAGUAGCCAAGACCUGUGGAGCCCUUACCCCAGUACAGGGCCUGUUAGCACAUGUACUUGGUCUGGCUACAGAGUCCUCUGCUGAAUUCGUGAGUCGGAGGGCUAGGAGGAAGAGCAUCCAGGGUUCACAAGUCGUGAACACACAUGGGAGAAAGAGCGCACGUCUUCACCUACCUGGAGGGGAGAGGCGCUAUGUGGAAGCGGUACACCCAGCCAGCUGCCCCGUGUAAGGAAGUUACUUACCUGUUCAUACCUGAAAGAACACUGGAUGAAACCGGCUCAACCGGGAGAUUGAAAAAUCUUGCGAAGGUAUUGGGUGCUGCCCAGCCUGCUGCUCUGCAGAUGCCUGCUAAAGAGGUGCUAUUGGCCAGUGACCACGAGGAUGCCAUACUCCUUGUAGAGUGUGCUCGAACCCGAAUGGGGGCGGGCAUGGACUGGGUCUGGUAGGCCAAUGCGAUUUCAUCCACAAUCCAGUGGGCAAGCCUCUGUUUGGAGACAGCGUUCCCUUUCCGCUGUCCACCAAAGCAGGCAAAGAGCUACUCAGAGCAUCUAGAGCUCUGUGUGUGAUGCAAAUAGAUGCGGAUAGUACGCACCGGACACAGCAACGAAAAGUCUGGGUCUGCCUCCUCCUGGGGCAGCUUCGCUUGUGGGCUCACCACCUGGCCCAAAAAAGGGCUGUGGGAACCUUGGACAUAUAGUCUGGACGGGGUCUCAGGAUCACGUGAGAGUCUUCCGGACCAAACUCCAGGCACAUUCGCUGACAAAGAAUGGUUGCAGGUCCCAGACCCUCUUGAUGGAAGUGAGUGCGGCCAGGAGGGCGGUCUUCAGAGAGAAAUGACCUUUAGCUCGACUGACCCAGGGGGCGCUCUCCGUAGGCCCGAGAGGUCCCAUGAGGGUAAGAGGCACAGCCUAGGAGGGUUCAACUGCUUGGCGCCUCACAGGAACCCGAUGAACGGGUCAUGUUUAUUAAGAAACAUACCUUUAACAGCAUUGUGGUGUGUUUCUAUAGCAACUACAAGACCGUGAGAGUGGAGGACAGCUGCCCUUAUAAUUAUCUGCAAGGAGGAAACCACUGACCCGACUGCACACCUCUUGGGAUCUUCGCUUAUAGGAAGAACACGACUUAGUGAACAUAUGUCAAUUCAGGGACUACAGUUACCUUGUAGAAGGAGCCCUGGCCUGAGUGAUCAUGUAAAGCACAGCAUGCGUUAGAUGAAUUGGAUCUUCUGCAUCUCGUCCAAGGACCAGACAUAGAAAUUCCAGAGGUCUGGGCGUGGGUGCCAGAGGGUGCACCGUCCCUGAGAAAGAGGGUCCUUCCUCAGGGGAAUUCGCCAGGGAGGAGCUGUUGCGAGGAGCGUGAGUUCCGAUAACCAUGUCUGAGUGGGCCAGUACGGAGCCACGACAAUUACCUGCUCCUCGUCUUCCCUGACUUUACACAGCACCUGCGCACGUAGGCUCACUGGGGGGAACGCAUACUUGUGUAGCCCUCGGGGCCAGCUGUGUGGCCGCGCGUCUGUACCGAGGGGAGCUCCCGUCAGGGCAUUGGUGUUUUCUAUAGGAUUCCGUCGAGAUGUCCGCCCGGACCAACACGUGCUUUUCUGAAUCAAUGGCAAAAAGCCGCCAUAGGGCGAGCUGUACUACCAGCAACACGAGGCAGUUGGUGUGUCAAUGCAGGUGAGGUCCUGUACAGGAGCAAGCAGCUGUGUGCCCAUUGCGACAUGGUGCUCAACCUAUCUUGGAGGCAUCUGUCGUAUGUUGGACACUUGCUGUAUGGGGACUCUAGCCUGCAAGGUCGGUCCAAAGGCUGAAAAAGGCGAUGCGCAGUGGUCGUGAGAGCCAAGCGAUGUGUGCCGUGGCGCCCUGCGUACCUUGGGAUUCCGGUCUGGACCCAGUGCUGUAGCAGUCUCGUAUACAUCAAUCCGAGCACCGUGACUGCUGCUGAGGAUGCCAUAUGCCCCAGGAGCCUCUGAAAGUAUUUCAGUGGGACCGUCAUUUGCCGCCUGGAUAGGUUCUGGCAGUUCAGCUGGCUCCGGGCAUUGGGCAGUCCUUAUUGUCGAGCCCUGAUGUAUUUAAAGAGCCCCUAUUAUUUUCAAAUAUUACCUUUCAUGUAGUUUGUUAUAUAGCUGUUUAUGAAUGUUAAAAGUCUGCAAAGUUAAAAAAUCAAAGUGCAGGACAAAUGGAGUUAUUGACUCCCAAAAGAAAGAGCCGAUUGUGAACACCUGAAAUGAGUCGUUAGUAAUUCCAGACUUCCUGUACUAACCUACAUAAUUUGGUAAAAGAAACCCGCAUCUGGUCUCCAUUGUCUGCUCGCGAACAGCUUUGACCCGCCCUCAAACACUACACUAAGCGGUAGACCAAUCACAACAGACUGGGACAUCUGACCAAUCAGAGCAGAGUAGCUCUCUGAAAGGAGGAGUUUAGAAUGAAUCAUUGAACGAGUCUUUUGUGACUCUGGGGGGAAAAAAGGUAAUGAUGCAAUUUAAAUUAUGAGCAAAUUAAAGUGUUUUUUGACCUUGGAUGCAUGUAAAUCUACUGUAUGAGAUUUAAAACAAAAUUAGGCACAUUUAAAAACCAUAAUAGGUGCUCUUAAAUGAAACAUUAACUUAAGUAACAUUAAUGCUCUAAUAUAUUUAUAAUUGUGUUUGUUAUUACAAAUGCAUUAAGCAAUGUUUACGAAUUGAACCUUAUUGUGAAGUGUUACCAAAAAGUUGCAUGUGUAAUCAGACAUAAGACACAAACAGAAAUUGUAACUUUAUAACUGUUGGUUGUUGUCCAACAGAGGAUUAAUGUGAUCUUAUGUACUCUACAGUUGUAUAUUCAACUUCAAAUUGUGUAUCUUACUGAAUCUGUGUCCAAGCCUAGCAUUAUUAAUUCUUUUCACAGAAACUUAGAUGAGCUACUGAAGUUUAUUAUCGUUCUUACCUUCAUAGUCAUCGAUGUAACUGCGUACAUACUGUAACAUGUUGACAUGUUGUUUAUGGUCUUAUUCUAGCUGUUACUGAAUGUUUAGUGUAUGUAUGUGUGCACGGGGGAGACUGUGAAGAAGGGGUUCACCGCUGUUUUUAAAUGUGCUUCUCUAAACAAUUACAGAGUGUACGGUGUGGCUGUGGCCGACAACAGCCUUAAACACACUGUUUGUAAGAUCGACCUUUUGUGUCUUCAUUAUGAAGCUUCAAUACAUUUUAAAUCUCUUUUCUGUAAACGCCUCUGUGAUGAGGAGAUGGAUAAGUGCUCGUCUGCGACUGCAAUCGGGCCAAUCGGCCGAGGAGAGGGAUAAGUGCAGCAGUUUGGGAAAGAGAGCCACAUGCGGCAGCCAUGUGUGUGUUUAUCUAUUUGUGUAUUUUUGUUUUAGUUUCAAUUAAAAUAUGACUUUGACUGUUCAGCUGGUUCCCGCCACCACCUCGCCCAUUUGAAAGUGUUACAACCUCGUAUAGUAAAAUAAAAUGCCAUUUUUUAUGGUCUCCGAACUGGCGCCAGGUGAAUACCGAGUGGUUAUACCCACACUCGGUAAACCAGGAAUCAAACAUGCUGUCUUAUGCAACUUGCCAGCAAUUGUGAUGACUCUUCACCACCACAAGAUGGCAGCACCUUCAAACAUUAGAUCAGUUGCACUUAUUGUUGGUAAGAUGUUGUACAACCCUUAAGAACAUGUAAUGGUGUACUGUAUUGUUGAUCAGAACCCUACUAAAUGUGAACUUUUCAGAGGCAAUGUGUUGAAGUGAUUUUUUGCGUGAGAUCUGGAAGUCUCCUCAAUCGCCUGCACUGAAUAAAGUUACUAGAUCACAUCUUAUUUUCACAACUCGUGUUUUCUGGAGUACGUUGUUCUGUUAGAUUUUUUCACUUUUGGAUGAGCAAUCCCUUUCAAGACUCUGAUGCACAUUAAGGUUGUUGGUAAAGUUGUUAAGAUGUGAAUGAACCUUAUGUUGUUUUUUCUUGAACCAUGUGAACCAGACUUUAUGCUUAUAUCUUUAUGCUUGGGUCUGGACACAAGACUGAGGCUGAUUUGGACCUCAC